GAGGGUUGCGGGGGACGAACAGCUUUUUCCAACGAGAAGCUAGACCAGAACGGGACAGCUCUCCCCAGCACGCUGACGGCCCCGGGGCGCGGCUCGGCCCGGCAAACAGCCAGGGCAAGCCGCCAGGCGGAAGGGCCGGGGAUUUGAGAGAUUAUGGCAUCUGAAGCCCACAAUGUUAAAAAACAGAAAGUAUUGCAUAUCGAAGGUCAUCCCGUUGAUCUCCCCAGGAAAAGAAUCUCUUCUUCCACUAAAAAGAUCAUGAAGGAGGGUAAGAAAUCUCCAAAACAGCUGGCUUCAUACACAAACAGAGUAACAGUUGGAAAAACGGUGACAAGUCCCCUCUCUCUUUUCAAAGUAGUUUAUUGUAAAAGAAAAGUUCAUUGCUAUACUCCAAAGCCUUGUUACAGAAAGAAACAGCUCCCUAAAUCUAGGGGCUGUGACAUGGCAAAUAAAGAAAAUGAAGUGGCUUGUGCAGGGAAUCUGCUAGAAAAAGUGCAAAAUAGUCGUACGUGCUUCCUGAAUUCGAGCGACUCUGGCUCAUCUCAAACAGAAGGCCCUUCAUCCAAAUACAGUGGAUUUUUUUCAGAGGUUUCUCAGGACCAUGAAACUAUGACUCAAGUUCUUUUCAGCAGGAAUCUGAGGCUGAAUGUAGCUUUAACCUUUUGGAGAAGAAGGAGUAUAAAUGAAUUGGUCACCUACUUAGUGAGGAUACAGGAUCUUGGAGUAGCAGCAGACUGCCUUCCUGUGCUUACAAAGAGUUUACAGGAAGAAAAACCAUUUAUUUCAGUUGGCUGCUGUGUAGAUCUUUUGCCUUUAGUGAAAUCUCUGCUUAAAAGCAAAUAUGAAGAAUAUGUGAUAGUUGGUUUAAACUGGCUUCAGGCUGUCAUUAAAAGAUGGUGGUCAGAACUAUCUGCACAUACAGAAAAGGCAGAGGAUGGAAAUAUUCAUACUUUAAAACAAGAAUUAAGUGGUUUAUGGGAACAGCAGAAUCAUCUGACACUGGUUCCAGGAUAUACUGGUAACAUAGCUAAGGAUAUAAAUGCUUAUUUAUUACAGCUGCACUGACACGAUUGGGAAACUGUGUUUAUGUGAAAUAUGUAAUAUGUCUGAAAGCCUUUUGAGAAAUACUGGCGGAAGAGAAUUGAACUGUCAAGCUGUUUAAUAAAACCACUAACAUCAUAACAAUCUACUUCACAUUGAAGUGGAAAAAUAUCUAGUAGGAGCAACUUUUACUUCAGUGAGGUGAAAGUGCACUAUGAAAACUGUAUGCCUUUGCUGCAUUUGGGAUUCACUUAGUUACUAGGUAUUCAUUGAAAUGCUACUGUAUUUUACUACAACAUCCCACAAAAGAUGAAUUAUCCUGUCAUGAAGCCAAGACAGCUGAACCAGUUACAAGGAACCAACAAAAGCAGUCAGCAUUAAGAGUUUUUAAAUGUCUUUCACAAGAGAACUCCAAAAUACAUAACUUCCAGUUACAUUAAAAAAACAACAAAAAACUUCAGGAUAUUCAAUUACUUCUGUGUUUUAAUCAAAUUAUUAAAGACAGUUUUUGUUUGCACUAUUGAGAAACUACACAGCAAAGAUGCCUUAAUUACUAGUGUUUCAAAAAGCCAAUGUGUUAAGAUGCAGAUAGCUAUUAUGUUCAGAUUGUGACGAAAAACUACAAAAAUCAGGGUUUCACAUUGUGUAGUUAAUGAAACAUUGCACAUAUACAAAGAUUCACGUAUGAAAAAUAUUAUAAAUACCUGAAGUUAAGCUCCGAUAAACAGUUAUUGCAAAUGUCAGCAGAAUGGUGACUUUGUCUAACAAAUGUUUUUAUAUUGUAUGUGAAUUUCUAACAUAGUAAUCUUGUUCUGUAUCAUUUAAAGUACAUGCAAAUAAGUAAAUAUAUUAAAUGUAUCUACUGUUUUUUCUUUUCAAGUUCAUAAAAGAAUUUCUAGAAUAAUCUCUUCCACUGUACUUUUUAUCAUAGGUAUUUAUUGUUUGAAAUGUUUACAGCCAGAUGAGGCCAUGUUUUGCAAGUCGCACCCUUUUUAUACUACCUCCUUUAAGAAAAUGACAGAGCUUUUGCAAAAUUAGUCAAGUGCUAGCCUGAGCAAUGGUGGCAAUUUUAGACCAACAAUAGCAUUGAAAAUACAGCUAUAAACUCUUCUACUGUCCUUUUGCUAUCCUGUACUGUUUUAAUUUAAAAGCUGUUGCUUAAUAGCUCUGAGGGAGUUUUGAUUUAGGCUUGCUAUUGCCUUUUUAUUUUAUGACUAGGAAGCAUGCUUUUCCAAUUAAAACUUAUGAAGUGCCACCUGUUCACUUAAAACAUAAGUACAUGCAAAGCAUGUAUCACCAGUCUGCUUCUUUAAAAAAACUAAGUAUUUACAAGGGUUCUUUUCAUACCUAGCAUUAAGCAUUGCACUUUUAUUGAUGUGCAAGAGAAAACUCUUUUAAUAGCCCCAAGUGGUUUUUGCUUUACAGAUGAAAUAAAUUAAUUUUAAACUGAUGGGUAAUGGUCAACAGCUUUAGGCCUCCUGUUGCUUUGUUUUGUACUUAAUUUACAUAUUAUUGCUGUCUUUUGAAGGCCUGCUAGAAAGAUAGCAGAAUUUGGUGCUUUUGGUUAUUUGAAUGUUCUUUAAACCACCAAAGGUUUUGCACUUCCCAGGGUAAUUGGCUGCAGGAAAGAGUUCUGGGACAUCCCAAAACAGAUAACUCUGUGGGACAAUCUUGAGAUACACACAGCCAAAUCUUUUUGCUUGAAUUUUCAUGUAUCGUUAGAGAUAUUUCACACUUGGAGUUUGAGAUAAAACUUGUUUUUCAGAUGUCCUUGCUGACAAUUAAAAGUUUAAAGGAACUAUAGUAUGAUUCCAUUAUUGUAUUUACUGUUCUGUUGAGCACUUAAAUGUAAAAGUAACAGAAAGACUAGCUUUAUAAUUUGGGUACCAGCUGCUGAAGCUCUACAGUAUUCUUGUACAAUUAUCUAAAAGGUGAUGAAAUUCAGGUCUUCUAUUUGUUGGUUGUUUGGUUUUUUAUUUUGGGUGGGGUGUAUUGUUUUGUUUUGUUUUUUUUUAAUAGAAUGAAGUAACUCAUGGCCAUUUAUUUCUGGUAAUAAUAAGUAGUCAUUCUAAUUGAUUAAAGUGAAAUACUCUAGUAUUCAAGAAUCCAGCUUGAUUGUAGAUGUAAAUACAUGGGCUUGUAAUGAGUUCUGCAUGUGGCCAGGGAUUUAUCAGCUUGUAACUCUGGAUGGUGCUUUUGUUCUAGUGGCAAGGUAAGACUAACUUGAGGAUCACUCUUGAGAAAUAUCUAAUAAAAUUAUGCAUUAUUUUUAA